AUGAAGGUGAGAGUAGUUUGUAGAAAAGCGUACGAUUACGUUCGUUACGAUUUGAAAGAAAUAGCAUUCCCUUCUUCCUUGCCUGAUCCUCCUCAUAUCCAAAACCGUCCUAAAUUGACUUGGCGCGACCAUCUUUUUAUAUUGAAGAGGGCAACGAGGCUUUAUGCGGCUAGCUGGGUGAGAGAUAUUGGUCCUGAUCUUAGGCCUCAUGAUUAUGCAAAAGAUAAUGAUGAUAAAGAAGCCAGUGAUGGAGCUAAGAGCACUUCUUCUGCUCAACAAGAAGAGCCCUCUGUUUUUCAAGAUCUUGCGGUGGCUGCAAGGGGAGGUAUGGAGACAUUAAGACCUGCUUUACAACGGGUGUACAUGACAAGAGCUUCUGCAUAUAGAGAUGCUCUCAAAAGUUUUAUACAAGGGUAUCAGGAAGGUGUCCAGCAGGUCAUGGAGAAGAAGGAAGAAUCUAAAACUCAAACAGAGGGCAAAGCUCCCAAGAAAUCUACAUGA